AUGGUCAACAUGCAAGCAAUUCCCCAAGAGAAACAAUCUUGCUUCCCCAACCCUCAGAACACAGAUCUACAAAUGCAAAGUGCUGUCGCAGCUGGUGCCGACUGGGGAUCAUCCGCUCAUAGAUUCCCAUACUACGUAGAUGGUGAAGCCACCUGGCCAGCUCCAUUAUUGGCUGACACGCCCGGGCGUUGCACAACAUACGAGAGUUUCCAAACCAUCGUUGCCGAGAAUUCAGACCGUCCAUACUUGGGUGAGCGAAAAGUGGUUUACAAUGAUGAUGGUAGCACAAGCGCUGGUGCAUACGAAUUUGUAAGCUUCAAGGAGGCUAGCGAUGCUGCUACACAAAUCGGCUCAGGACUGAAGAGCCUAGGCGUUCAGAUAAACCAGACGGUCGGUCAAUACGCCAAGAAUAGAAUGGAAUGGACACUAAGUGAUCACGCUCUAUCGUCAUAUACUCUACCAUCCGUCGCAAUCUACGACACACUUGGUCCCGAUUCGGUACAUUACGUGAUGGAGCACAGUGAAAUGGUAGUGGCCUUUUUCGAGAAGAUUCGUCUCGAGUCCGUCCUUGCAGCGAUUGGAAAGGGCGUUGAGCUGUUCAACUUGUACGAGCUAGCGGACAUGGGCGUGGAGAACGUGUUCCCACACGAUCCUCCCACUGCGUCGGAUGUUGCGGUACUCAUGUACACGUCAGGCACCACAGGUAACCCCAAAGGUGUGCAGAUUACCCACGGCAAUGUGAUGUCCAAUGUAGUAUCACUUCAGAGACGUCUCCAUGUGGGCAAUCAAGAUGUGCACUUCUCAUUCCUACCCUUGGCUCACAUAUUCGAACGGGUGGUGCAGGCGGUAUGCGUCAGCCAGGGUUGUAGCAUAGGAUUCUACCAAGGCAAACUGCCUGAACUUAUGUUAGAUAUUCAAACCUUAAGACCUACUUUCUUCAUCGCUGUACCUCGUAUUCUUUCACGAAUCUACGACAAGAUCAAUCAAGGUGUCAAGGCCGAAGAUCCCGAGAAAGUGGCUGCUUUCAAGGACGCCUAUAACAUGCGCCUCGCAGCUCUGGAGCGUGGAGAAGACACCCUUAUGCUCAAUGAGGUGUUCGAUCGAAUGGGUAUGGCGCUGGGUGGGCGUGUCAAGUGGAUCCUCACGGGCUCUGCACCCCUCGACACGGCGAUACACGAGUUUUUACGAACAACAGCAGGUGCUACUAUAGCCCACCACAACGACAUGAAGCUCGGCCAUGUGGGCUCACCCAUGGUUUCUAAUGAGGUUAAGCUGGUGAGUAUUCCUGAAAUGAACUACAUGACAACCGAUGAGUGCCCUCGUGGUGAGAACCCUGAGAAAACAAAGGAGGAUAUCAACGAAGAUGGUUGGUUCCACACCGGCGAUGUAGGCCGUUGGAAUGCAGAUGGCACCUUAUCGAUCAUUGAUCGCCAGAAGUCCAUUUUCAAGCUGUCCCACGGCGAGUAUCUAGCCGCUGAGAAUCUCGAAGCUAUGUACGGCAAGUGUGACCAUAUUGCGCAAGUGUUUGUGACAGGUGACUCGUUCCACGCCUGCCCUGUGGCCGUAGUGGUGCCCGAUGCCGAGAUGAUUGUUGCUUGGGCACAGGAGAACAAUAUCUCUGGCGAUGCCAAGAGUGUCGCUAAAAUGCCAGAGUUGAAGGCCAUGUUGGCCUUAGAGGUACUGGACAUGCACAAGGAGUGCAAGCUCAAAGACUUCAUCGUAGAGCCGGAGGCUUUUAGCAUUGAUAAUGAAUUGCUCACGCCCACCUUCAAGCUGAAACGGGUGAACGCGAUCAAGAAGUACAAUGAUCAAAUCACAGAGCUAUACGACACUAUUGAGAACCAGUAG